AUGGAUCUGAGCGGAGAAGAGGUGACCGGCGACCUGUGGGACGCGCCCUGCAAGAGCUUCGCGCAGCCCUUCCUCCUCGUCUUCGUCGCGCUGCUCGUCGCGCUCGAGGCGCGACGUUGGCUCCUGCUGCGUCGCGCCCGGAGCUCGCGGGGGCCACCGGGGCCCUUCCCGUGGCCCAUCUUGGGCAAUGCCCUGCAGCUGGGCUCGGCCCCGCACCUCGCCAUGUGCCGUAUGGCGCGGCGCUAUGGGGACGUGUUCAUGAUGAAGCUGGGCGGCCGGCCCGUGCUGGUGCUCAACGGCGCCACCGCCAUCAGGCAGGCGCUCGUCAAGCAGGGCGCCGACUUCGCGGGGCGUCCCGCCUUCCCCAGCUUCAGCGUCGUGUCCGACGGCAACAGCAUGGCCUUCGGAGGCUACAGCUCCCUGUGGAAGAUGCACAGGUGCGUGGCGCAGUCCACGUUGCGCCACUUCUCGUCGUCGGGGAACGCGGAGGCGCGGGCUGACCUGGAGCGCUACGUGGUGUCCGAGGCGGGCGCGCUGGUGGGCAUCAUGUUGGAGCGCAGCGACGGCGGCCGCUAUUUCAAUCCGAGCCGCCUCUUCAUCCUCGCCAUCGCCAACGUGAUGAGCGCGCUGUGCUUCGGCCGUCGCUACGACUACGACAACAGCGAGUUCCGGGAGAUCGUGAGCCGCAACGACAAGUUCGGCCGCACGGUGGGCGCGGGCAGCCUGGUGGACGUGAUGCCCUGGCUGCUGUACUUCCCCAACCCGGUGCGCACCGCCUACCGCGACUUCGUGGCACUCAACAUGGAGUUCAACGCGUUCACGCGGAGGAAAGUGGAGCAGCACCGGGCCGACUUCAAGGCGGGCGGCGUCCCGCGCGACAUCACCGACUCGCUCAUCGCCGCCGUUGAGGUGGAGCGGCCGCGGAGCAGGUCGGGCGAGGCGCUCUCCGGCCGGCACGUGUCCGGGGCCGUCAACGACAUCUUCGGCGCCAGCCAGGACACGCUGUCCACCGCGCUCAUGUGGCUCCUCAUGUUCCUGGUGCGCUUCCCGAGAGCGCAGCGCCGCGUGCAGGAGGAGGUGGACCGCGUGGCGGGCCGCCACCGCCUGCCGUGCCUCGAGGACCGCGCCUCGCUGCCCUACACGGAGGCGUUCGUGUUCGAGACUCUGCGCUACAGCAGCUUCGUGCCCGUCACCAUCCCGCACUCCACCACGACCGACACGGUGAUCGCGGGCUACCGCGUGCCCAAGGACACCGUGGUGUUCGUGAACCAGUGGUCGUCAAACCACGACCCCGAGCGGUGGCGCGACCCGGAGACGUUCGAGCCGACGCGGUUUCUCGACGAGAGCGGGACCCGCGUGGACAAGGACCUCGCGAGCAACGUGCUCAUCUUCUCCGUGGGCAAGCGCCGCUGCAUCGGCGACGACAUAUCCAAGAUGCAGCUGCUGCUAUUCGCGGCCAUCCUGGCGCACCAGUGCUCGUUCGAGGCGGACCCCGCGCAGACGCUGACCAUGGACAGCUCGUACGGCCUCACGCUCAAGCCGAUGCCCUUCGACGUCCGCGCGCGCGUCAGAGACCACGUGCUCGCGGAGUGCUUCGCCGACGCGCGCCGGCAGUCGUAGCGCGCAAUCCCCGCAGCCGAUGCGCUCCGAAGCGCUGCCGUCCCUGUCUGUGCCGUCACAGCUCGCUCGCUCUCUCUCGCUCGCUCUCUCGCUCGCUCUCGAUCUCUCUCUCUCUAGCUCGCUCUCUCUUGCUCUCUCUCUCGCUCGCUCUCUCGCUCUCUCUCUCCAUCCCACGGGGUUGUCGCUUUUGUCGUGCGGUGUCGUUCGGAAUGACGGUUCCGACGUUCCGCUCCAGGAACUGAAUCGGGCAGCUUACUUUUCUCCCAUUGAUUGCAUAGCGCUGCCGGCUGAUGCAGCUGCUGGUGAUGAUGCUUGCUGUUGGUAUGGAGGAGGAGGGGGGUGGAGCUGCUGAAUUGGGUCCUAACAGAUGGAGCUCCCAUUGCGGUGGAGAAGCACGUGGGGCAUGAUGCCGAGCCAGACGCGUGGAGCGCUGUAGUCUGUGAGCACGGACUUAGUCCCAAGUGCGCUGAGCCCGUGGGCAACGAUUCAUCCCCGCCUCUUCCCCGCGAUUCGAUUUCGCCGGUUAAGUUAGCGAAUCGUUUCAAGAACACGCACAUAUAUAUACUGUAUAUGUGUGGUUUGUCCAGGAAUUCCGUCUGCGUUUAUAACUCCAUGUUUGCAGUUUGGCUUGCUUCAUUAUCCCUAGCGUAGCAACGCAUUGGCAUAUAAUGUAUAUGCAAGUUGGCAUACAUCGUAAUCGAUUUCUACAUAUUCGAUUCAAUGGAAUCGUGAGCGUAGGAAUCGAAUGAUAUGGCAUCGUUGCAUGAAGUUGGCAUGAAAUGACGCAAUAUAAAUUGAAAGUUUGUAUUAUUAUUAAUAGGACAGAUGAAACUUUAAGGGACGACGCGCGUGCGGAACGAGACCAUGAGGUCGCUUCUAGAAUAGUCACGGGUCCAUUCGAUGGGUGUGGGAAUUGUGACAUGACGCGCGUGUGUGCGCGCGUGUGUACGCGUGUGUGUGUGUAAGAGGGGAGCGGUAGUGUAGCGGUUA